AGAAGGUCCCAGGCAGACGGGAAUGGGAGUGGAUUUUCCUUAAACUACAAAGAGUUGAUAGAGAACAGAAAAAAGCUACCCGUUCUUGGGCAAGGGUAGGGAAGCAGAGGAGACCGCAGUCUCCCUCGGGAACCCUAAGUAACCGCUCAGGCGACCCAGGAAAGGUGGGAGAAAGGAACCAACGUUGGCAGAUUUGUCCUAGCAACCCAGCCAGGGUGCUCUUUCACAGAGGAUGAAAUUGAAGGUUGCAAGAGGGCAUUCUCCCCAAAGUGACGACAGCGAUGACCAGCUGUGCUGCCAGCGGGGACCGCCCAGUCCACAAGGACUCCGUAACCUAACCCCGCCUGGCCUCUGGGCAGUGUUUAAGCUGAUGUGAGCAGUAGCCCGUAUCUGCUUUCUGUGCGUUGGAAAGUACACGGUCCAGGAUGAUGAAGGAGCAUCUCUUUUUAGAUUGGGUCCUUGGUUGGCUCUGGGUGGCCUUACUCCAGCGUCAACAUUGAGGUUCUGCAGAAGUUGGGGAAGACUGUGGAAACCAAAGAUGAACGGUUUGAACAAAGUGCCAACAACUUCCACCAGCAACAGGCUCUCCCAUCGUAGUAGCCCCCGAUUUUCCUUGUUGCCUCUUUGGCCACUACAUCUACCUCGCCGAAGCCCAGAAUUCUAAAUGAUCCGUCCAUCUUUCACCUGUCAUUCUCACCAGCAAACCUCCUAUUGUCUCGGUUCCUUCUACCUUCACUGGCUGCUAUGGGCAGAAGGCCAGAAGCUCUACAAGGACCUGAAGAACUUCCUUAGCGCCGUCAAAGUGAUGCAUGAAAGCUCAAAACGAGUGUCAGAAACCCUGCAGGAGAUCUACAGCAACGAGUGGGACGGUCACGACGAGCUGAAGGCCAUCGUAGGGAACAAUGAUCUCCUUUGGGAAGACUACGAAGAGAAAUUAGCUGACCAGGCAGUGAGAACCAUGGAAAACUACGUAGCCCAGUUCAGCGAGAUCAAGGAAAGAAUUGCCAAGCGGGGUCGGAAACUUGUGGACUAUGACAGUGCCCGACACCACCUGGAGGCGUUGCAGAAUGCCAAGAAGAAAGAUGAGGCCAAGACUGCCAAGGCAGAGGAAGAGUUCAACAAAGCCCAGAGUGUGUUUGAAGACCUGAACCAGGAACUGCUGGAGGAACUGCCUGCUCUGUAUCACAGUCGUAUUGGCUGUUACGUGACCAUCUUCCAGAACAUCUCCAACCUGAGGGAUGUCUUCUACAGGGAGAUGAGCAAGCUGAACCACAGUCUCUACGAGGUGAUGAGCAAACUGGAGAAGCAACAUUCCAACAAGGUCUUUGUGGUGAAGGGAGUAUCAAGCAGCAGCAGACGCUCUUUAGUCAUCUCUUCCCCAGUUCGAACAUCCGCAGUCUCCAGCCCUCUCACCUCACCUACCAGUCCCUCCGCGCUUGCUUUGAAGAAUGAAGGGGACUCCAUCUCAGCAAGUGAAGAAGAGCUGGCAUCUGAUCUGGCCCAGCGAGAAGAUGAUGCUGAGAUUAAAGAGCCCUUAAAAGACCAGGAAGAAGAAGUGGAAGAGUCUGAAGCUAGCUCCUCCGAGGAGGAAGAGCCUCUGCCAGCUUGCAACGGCCCCGCCCAGGCCCAGCCCUCUCCCACCAUUGAGGACGGCAAGUCCCAAGAGGAAGCGCUCCCCGGCUCCCCGCCUCCAUCACCAGGCGGACCCCUUCUCCCUUCAGAACAGCCCUCAUCUCCCCCAGAAGUGGUCCUCCGAACCCGCACCUCAAGUGAAGGGUCCGAACAACCGAAGAAGAGAGCCCCUGUCCAGAGGACCUCCGCACCUCCUAAUAGGCCGCCUCCGCCCAGAGCCACUCCCAGCCCCAGGCACUCCUUGGGGAACCUCCCCUCCAGCCCUCCAGCCUCUGAACAGGGCUCGCCCACCAGUCCUAGGGCCCUCUUGGAGGCUUCUCCUGACCCCCAGCCACCAGAGAAGCCAGUAAGAACUCCUGAGGCCAGAGAAAAGGAGAACAUCAGCAAUCUGAACCCAGAAGAACUUUGUACUUCCCCUACCUUGAUGUCCUCUGAGGUUUUUUCAGAGUCUGACAAGGCAAAGAAGAUAGAAGACAAGGAAGAGAACAAGAAGCUGGGCUUCACUGACUCCCCUGAGAGCCAAGAUCAGCUUCACGUCUCCGCAGUUCCAGAAAAGAGCGACGUCAUGGCACCCGAGCCUCAAGAAGAGGUAUCUACAGUGCAAAACGACUAACUCUGAAGAGGGACUGCCGAGCCCCCCCCCGCCCCCCCCCGCAGCACACACCUCCCCAAGAAGCUCCUCAGCUCAAGGGUAUACAGGUCAGAGGGACUUAAGAUCUAGCAUUAAUGGGGGCUGAGGAGCAGACUUAGGGGAGGGAGGGAGGGAGGCAGGCUUGGGAGAAGAAACCAUUAGACUCGGGGAGUAUUGAACUCAGGCUUUAGCAUUGUCAGAAUAAGAAGACUUUAUAUGUUAAUUAAAGUAGGUGGAAAAUGACCAUACAUUAGCAAAAGCAUCUAUAGACACAGACACGUCCGCACAGAGACCCAUAACCACACGUACUCAGAGAACAGCGGACAAAUCUUUGACUCACCACUCAUUGGCAAGACCUCCAGCCAGAAGAACAGAUUUGCAGACAGUUAAAUAAAAGUAUCAUUCGAA